ACCACUCUUUUGAUAUGUCCUACUAGCCUCAUGGACAACUGGGAAGAGGAGGUUGGAAAACACACUAGAAAAAACAGCUUGAAAGUCUUGCGCUGGCAUGGCACCAACAGAUUCAAAAUACCUCUACGUGAUAUCCACUCAGCCGACAUUGUCAUUACAACCCCAAAAACACUUAUGUAUGACCAACGGCUUGGUGGAUCAACCCGGGUUCCUUUUACAACCAGAUGGUACAGGGUGGUCAUUGAUGAAGCUCAUGUAAUUCGUAAUGAAACCGCCUCCCAUGCAGUCCUCACCUCUUUGGAAUCAGUCAACCGGCUCUGUCUCACUGGUACUCCGCUCCAUAACAGAAUUGGCGACUUGCACAUGCUCUUCAAAUUUCUGCACAUCAAACCUUUUCAAGAAGACUCAGUAUGG